CUGAGCGCGGAGCCGGCCCGGCCUCCCGCACCGCAGCCUUCGUUCCCGAGCGCCGCCGCGCGGGGCCCCUGAUAAAAGGGAUGCGUGUGCCGGGCUCCGCGGCGAGGCCAUCACCGCGGGUCCUUUCUAGUGAGGAGGGAGGCCGGUGUUUCUCCCUGGUCCUCGUCCCGGGUCCGGGUUAGCCUCCUGUCGGCGUUUGUAGACCUGAGCGGUCGUGCGGUGCUGGAGCGCGGACCUUGUACUGAUCGAUCCCCUGGGCUUUGGGGGGAGAGUGUGCGCCUCCUACUUGUCAGGUUGUCGGUCGUUGUCAGAGCUCUAAUCCUUGUAUUUGCCUGCAUAUAUACGCAUUCAUACCCUCACAGUGGAUAUAAUUUAAUUGUAUUCAGAAUAUACUCAUCUGAGUGUAUUUUCAUCAAAAGCAUGAAAGAGUGUAGAAAAGAUUUUAGCCCAGGGUUCAAAGCCCGCUUAGCCCGCAGCACAACCCCACAGGCCUCUUGCUAAGUCUGAAUCUGCGCCGCGAUUCUGAGGUCCUCUCCUGUCCCUCGUUCUGUUGCGUCGCGCUUCUUCAGGAUGCUUUAGCCUGUUCACGCUUGGUGUGGAUGAGUGUAUGGCUUUUGUUUCCUUCUAGGGUUACCCUUAACCUCUCGGCUGGAAAUGUUUGACCUGCCCAGUGAAGGGUGCUAAGUUUUUGGCUCUGUCGAAGCUAGUAUGUAGUCAGCCUUGGGAGGGAGGGGGGACUCCCUGAAUGGUUUAUUUUCCUUACUUUCAAGUCUGCCUGUGUAGAUACUAACCAGUUUUCCUUUUCCUUGGCCCACUUUUUGCAGGAAGGUAGUCUGGGAACUAAACCCUUCUCGUUAGCAUUUUCGUGUCUCUUGGCCGUGUUCAGACUGGUUUGAUCCCUAUCCAGCGGAAUUCCUGAGAGGAGAUGAAAUCCAGGUCUCCUACUCCUCCGCCAUCUUGCUCUGCCCCCUUCAGGUGUUUGUUUUGUCUUGCUGUUUUAAAAUUAAAUCAAAAUGCCCAUAAGACCAGAUCUCCAGCAGUUGGAAAAAUGCAUUGAUGAUGCUUUAAGGAAAAAUGAUUUCAAGCCUUUGAAAACACUUUUACAAAUUGAUAUUUGUGAAGAUGUGAAGAUUAAAUGCAGCAAGCAGUUUUUCCACAAGUUGGAUGACCUUGUAUGCAGGGAGCUUAAUAAAAAGGAUAUCCAAGCAGUUUCAACCAUUUUGGUUUCUUUUGGAAGAUGUAGCAAAAAUAUCACUAUAUUGGGGCAAGCUGGACUUAUAAAUAUGAUAAAACAAGGACUGGUCCAAAAGAUGGUUGCCUGGUUUGAAAAAUCAAAGAAGAUUAUUCUCAGUCGAGGAAACUCAAAAGAUGAGGCAGUUAUAAAUAUGAUAGAAGACUUAUUUGAUCUUCUGAUGGUCAUAUAUGACAUCAGUGAUGAAGGUAAAAGGCAAGUAGUGGAAAGUUUCGUGCCUCGAAUCUGUGUCCUGGUUAUUGACGCAAGAGUGAAUAUUUGUAUUCAGCAGGAGACUCUAAAAAAAAUGAAUGCUAUGCUUGACAAAAUGCCUCAAGAAGCCAGGAAAAUACUCUCUAACCAAGAAAUGUUAAUUCUCAUGAGUAGUAUGGGAGAAAGGAUUUUAGAUGCUGGAGAUUAUGACUUACAAGUAGGUAUCGUAGAAGCACUAUGUAGAAUGACUACAGAAAAACAAAGACAAGAACUGGCAUGUCAGUGGUUUUCAAUGGAUUUUAUUGCUAAUGCAUUUAAAGGAAUUAAAGACUCUGAAUUUGAAACAGAUUGCAGAGUAUUUCUCAACCUUGUAAAUGGCAUGCUUGGAGACAAGAGAAGGGUCUUUACAUUUCCUUGUAUAUCAGCAUUUCUUGAUAAAUAUGAGUUGCAGAUACCUUCAGAUGAAAAACUUGAGGAAUUUUGGAUAGAUUUUAAUCUUGGGAGCCAGACUCUAUCAUUCUACAUUGCUGGAGAUAAUGAUGAUCAUCAGUGGGAAGCAGUGAUUGUGCCUGAGGAUAAAGUACAAAUAUACAGCAUUGAAGUGAGAGAAUCGAAGAAGCUGCUGACCAUAAUUCUGAAAAACAUAGUAAAAAUUAGUAAAAGAGAAGGGAAAGAAUUGCUUUUGUAUUUUGAUGCAUCAUUAGAAAUCACUAGUGUGACACAAAAAAUUUUUGGUGCACAUAAAUAUAGGGAAUUUACCAGAAAACAGGGUAUUUCGGUUGCCAAAACAUCUGUGCAUAUACUUUUUGAUGCAAGUGGAUCACAGAUUCUAGUGCCAGAAAGUCAAGUCUCACCCACCGAAGAGGAACUCACUACUUUGAAAGAAAAACCUAACUCCCAAAAGGAAUUUGCUAAACCUCCGAAAUAUAUCAAAAACUGUAAUCAAGGAGACAGAAAGAAUAGUCAGCUUGAGAUAAUUACUCCUAGCAAAAGAAAAAUGUCUGAAGCAUCAAUGAUUGUUCCUGGUGCAGACAGAUACACUGUGAGAAGUCCAAUUCUUUUAAUCAACACAUCACCACCACGAAGAGGAAGAAUUAAACCACCACUGCAAAUGAUGAGUUCUACAGAAAAACCUGAUACACCUAAAACAUCAGAAAGUGGAGUGGAUAAUGCUGUAUUUCUUAUAUCUAGACCAUCUGAAGGAAGAAAUAGUGGAGAUAAUACAGACAAACAUAUCAAAAUGGCUAAAGUUGUAAAGAAGACAGAAAAUAAGGUUGUUGAAUUCCCAAACCAAAAUAUGAAUGACCUGCAGGAUAUUGUUCCAGAUUCCCAGGCAGUGGAGAAAAUAGAUAAACCUGUGUUACGUGGUGUUUUGGACAACAUCCGUGGGGAAAAGAUGCCCUCCAAAUGGUCCUGUUGGACUCCUGUAACAAAUAUUAAUCUGUGUAAUAACCAAAGAGCAGAUACUUCAUCAGGAGACAUACUCAGUCAAGAUGUUACUGUGAACAAAAAACUUAGGAAACAAAAAUCAUCCUCUUCAAUAUCUGAGGAUAAUUCUGAAGAAACAGAAAAGAUGCACUAUAAGAAAAAAACAAUGCAGCAUAACAAAAUAGAGAAAGCAAAAGUAGGAGUGUGCAAAAGAGACACUCAGCAACGACUAAAUCGUGCUAAACAUUCGGAGCAGAAAAAUACUGAAAAUACCAAGCAAAGUGAUUGGCAUAUUGAAUCUGCAACUACUUUUAAGUCCGUUCUCCUAAAUAAGACAGUUGAAGAAUCUCUGAUCUAUAGGAAGAAAUACAUACUGUCAAAAGAUGUGAAUACUGCUAUUUGUGAUAAAAGCCCUUCUCCUAGAAAAAAUGUGAAAAGUCAUAGAAAAGCAGGGAAAAGAUUAACAUCUGAACUUAAUUCCUGGGAUUUGAAACAAAAAAAAAUGAGAGGAAAGUCAAAAGAGAAAGGAUUUACUGAUGCAGCAGAAUCCUUGAUAAACCAAAUUAAUAAGAGGUAUAAACCAAAGGAUGACAUAAAGUCUACAAGAAAAUUCAAGGAGUCUUUGAUUGACAGUGGUUUUUCAAACAAAUCUGAUCUACAGCUCAGUAAGGAAAAGGUUCAGAAAAAAAGUUAUAGACAACUGAAGACUACUUUUGUUAAUGUUACUUCUGAAUGCCCAUUGAAUGAUGUUUACAAUUUUAAUUUGAAUGGAGCUGAUGAGCCUAUUAUAAAACUUGGAAUCCAGGAAUUUCAAGCUACAGCUACAGAAGCCUGUUUGGAUAAUUCAAUAAAAUUGAUAGGUUUAAGGAAUCAUGAUGAACUUGAAACUUCUCUCAAAACAAAAGAUAAAAGAAUUGUAACAAAUCCUAAAAAGAAAAAUCUCUUUAGUGAUACUGACACAGAAUACAGAUGUGAUGACAGCAAGACUGAUGUUAGCUGGCUAAAGGAACCAAAAUCAAAACCACAGCUAGUAGACUAUAGCAGAAAUAAAAAUGUGAAGAAACCUAAAAGUGGGAAAUCAAGAUCAUCUUUAGAAAGGGGUCAACCAAGAUCUAAAGUGACACCCAACAAAAACAUCACCAAAAAGGUAGAGGAGACAGUUCCAGAUGGGAGAACCAGACUUCCACGAAGAGCGGCAAAAACCAAAAAAAAUUAUAAAGAUCUUUCAAAUUCAGAAUCAGAGAGUGAACAAGAAUUUUCACAUUCGUUUAAAGAGAAAUUGCUAGUAAAGGAGGAGAAUAUCCAUUCCAGAAGCAAAACCAUGAAGCUUCCAAAGAAACAAAAGAACACCUUCUCUGCUGAAACACAAAAGGAUAUAUCAAAAGGAUGGAAAAAUUCAGCUCUCCUAAAAGAUGCUAUAAGGGAUAAUAGCCUUGGCUUAUCUCCUAUAUCCUUAUCCGGGAGCCCGUCAUCUAUAGAAGUAAUGAGAUGUAUAGAGAAAAUAAGAGAAAGGGAUUUUACUCAGGAUUAUGACCGUGUAACAAAAUCCCUAUCACCUUCUCCAAAAACUUCAUCACCUGAAUCCUUAAGCAGUAAAUACAGAGUUGGAGGUCCAAAAAAGUCGCCUAAAAACAGUGAUAAAAAUUUAUGUGCAAGAGAAAGUUGCUCGCCAAUUCCACGAUCCUUCUUGUUGCCCAGGCUCACUCCAAUUAAUAAUACUGUUGUGAAUGGAAAAAACAGAAAUUCUGUGGUACUUACACAAGACAAUUGCAACAACUACUCAGAUGUAAGCAUUUAUAGUUCAGAAAAAGUUGAUGAAGUUGAACUUGCAAACAAUGAAAAUCCUAUACAAAGCAAUAGAGGUUUAAAGGGUAGUAUAACCAUCCAACUUAAACUAAGAUUGUUCUUACAAGAAUCAGAUUACUGGCCUUUAAUAAUUGGAAGUCAUUCCGCAUCUCCAUUAUCCCUGUCUAGUGAAGAAAGAGAGCAAAUAUGGUGUGACAUGCCUUGUGACUCUCCUCAUGUGUCAGGCCCUACACAGCAUCUUAGUCGCAAACGAAUGUACAUUGAAGAUAAUCUAAGUAAUGCUGAUGAAAUACAAUUGGAAGAGGAGGAGGAAGGGAGAGCAUACUUGCUUCCCAAAAAACUGUCUAAAACCGAAGAUAGAGAUCAUCACACUUACAAAGUGUCUGGAAGCAUAUCUCCAUUAUCAACAAAUGACUUUUCUAUCCGUGGGGAGAGCUGGGAAAGUGAGAUCUCAGGGCUAGGGGUGAUGUGCGAAAGCCUCAACAUAGAUUUUAGAAGGAAGUUUCAUAUCCGCCAAAAAAUGAUGGAUUAUUUUACUAAGCAAUCUUGGAAAACAGCUCAACAACAUCUGAACACAAUGAACCAUCAGAUUCAGGAGUAUAGGAUCAAAAAACUUGAUAAGUUCCAAUUCAUCAUCAUAGAGGAGCUGGAGAAUUUUGAAAAAGAUUCACAGUCUUUAAAAGAUUUGGAGAAGGAGUUUGUGGAUUUCUGGGAGAAGACAUUUCAGAAGUUCAGUGCCUAUCAAAAAAGUGAACAGCAGAGGCUUCACCUUUUGAAAGCGUCACUGGACAAAAAUGUCUUCUACAACACUGAUUAUGAAGACACUGUUUUUACAUCUGAGAUGUGUUCGAUGAAAGAAAACAUGAAAAUGCUGCAAGACAGGCUCCUGAAGGAAACACAAGAAGAGGAGCUUCUUAAUGUACGCAGAGGACUGAUGUCAUUAUUCAUGGCUCAUGAAAGAAAUGUUCGUGUGUGAUGUCUAGUUGUUACCAAGUUUUAUCCACUUAUUCCUUUUUGUGUAUAACAGGAAAUACCAGAGUAGCCCUACAAAGAGAAAAAUACACAUGUCACCCAGGGAAGAGUGCUUUUGUAGGAGCCUCCAAAUCCAAAGAAAUGUCGUCUUAUGGAUGAGAAAGAACUACUUUAACAUGACUCCAACCUCAAGAGACUUCUUUCUAUAGAAUAUUACUCUUCUUUUAAAGAGAAAUUUUUGGGAAACCAAACAGUAAUAGGCAUUUGCUCGUUUUUGUAGUACUAUUUACAUUGCACAAAUCUUACCAAGUUAACUAUACUCAUAAAACUAGUUUAAUAAAGUUUAUCAUAUAAAAUAUAUUUUAAAUGAAUACAGACUAAAUAGAAGGUAUUACUAGUUCAGAAUAUACUACAUGUAAUAAAAAUUUAGCCAUGCUGAGAAAGGGGAGAAGGCUCGGAUUUAAAAUGGUUCCCUGAGUGUAAGUCGGUACUUUGAGCACAUCGUGGGAGAGUGUGUUUAUUCAGUUAUGGCUCCAGUUACUUUAUUGUCCGAACAUCUCUUCACUCCUAAGCAGGCUGUUUUGACCAGUACUUUUUAAGCUCCUAAUAGUCAUUAUAAUAGUAUCUUGCUAAAAUAUAAAAAUAUACAUUUGUUUUAAUUGUAUAUUAAAGUUGAAAUAAAUGCUCUGUGACUUGAAUAUUAUAGUUAUUUUAUGAACACUGGAUCAAACAAAAAUCUGAACUGAAGCAGGAUAGUAAGCAGCCUCACUCCCUAUUGCUGGCCUGCAGAAGGGUAGCCGAGUGUGGGAAUACUACCAGUAUUUAAGUACAGUGGUAAAAGUGGCUUUCUUAGUCUAGCCAAGCAGAGGAAUUCAGUUAUUGG